AUGGUCUUUAAUUUUAUUUACUCGAUACCUCAGCUUUUUCGUUUUGUUCCAUGCCCGCGGCAUAGACUGCCACAUUUUUCCGUCAAAUCGAAUACUGUUGGAAUGAGUCUUGUGAAAUUCAAAAUCAAAGAUCUGCAUCCAAUUGGAAAGUUGUCUUUAAACGUUCUUCAUUUUAUGGGUAUGCUAUACAGCAAUACAUUUGAAAGGAGUGGUGAGAUUUGGCAAGAAAUAAAUAAUCUUACACUUAUCAACGUUAUACUGAAAUUCACUGGUCCUUUACAUGAAGAACGAUUAACAAUUUUGAUUCUUAGCAUACAGGUUUUAUGUUCAUUUUUGGCAUUUUUUAUUCGAUUUGGUGUUGCUUUAUUGUUGUUUGACGUUGUCGCUUAA